AUGCCCCCAGAUGUACUUCAUUUUCGUCCUCUCUCAUCUCCUCUAGUUCAAUUUUCUCCUCCAUUCACAACUCAAGCACAAGAAAAUCAACCUUUUAUUGACAAAUAUUGGCACGGAACAAAAGGGAUGAAUCUCACCAAAAAGAAACUCAUCCCUAUCCUUGUUUUGAUCCUUUCUGUCAUAUCAAUCCUCAGACUUCUGAGCCUCACUAUCAAUACUUCAUCUUCUUCCCCUGUGUAUCCACCUUUGUCCACCUGCAACAAAGUAGCAUCACAUGCACCUGAAUCCUCAGAGCAGCCUAGAAAACCUCCCAACAUCACCACCACCAUGACUGAGAAAGAAUUCAAGGUUCUAUCAGAUCUCAUUGCUCUUAAAUCCCCAUGCAACCUCCUCAUAUUUGGGUUUCAACCACAGUACCUUAUCCUCUCUUCCAUAAAUGCAGCUGGUACCACCAUCUUUCUCGAGGAUGACCAUGAUAAAAUAAGCAAGGUAAGAAUAAACUCCAACAACACUCAAAUAUACAAACUUGAGUAUAAUAUGCCAGCAAAAUCAGCUUACAAACUGCUCAAGCAUGCAAGGCAGAACCCAGAAUGUGCACCAAACCCAAGAUUCCUUCAAAUAUCAAAAUGCAAGCUUGCAUUGAAAAAUUUGCCAGCACAAGUUUAUGAGAAGAAUUGGGAUGUCAUGGUGGUAGAUGGACCCAGUGGGGAUUCACCAGAAUCACCAGGUAGGAUGGCACCAAUUUACACUUCUAGUGUACUAGCUAGAACUGGGAAUACUUCAGAUGUAGUAGUACAUGAUGUAGAUCGUAUGAUAGAGAAAUGGUUUUCUUGGGAGUUCUUCUGUGAUGAGAAUUUGUUGUAUUCUAAAGGGAAGUUAUGGCACUUCAGAAUCACAAGUCACUCAAAUCCCACAAGAUUCUGCUCUACCAGGGUAAGUACUAUAGAAAAGUAG